UCUCAGCUCCUCUGCUUCAUUCCCCUUUUAAAUACUAGUCCAUCCUUUUCCUCCAACUUCUAACUUCUCUUCUCUGUUCUUCCCCCACCAAAACUCCAAAUCUUAUCUCAUAAAUGAACACCAUCAACUCAGCAAACUUGAAUGAUGACAAGAUGCACACUAUGCCGAUGUGGAUGCACCAUUCCCCUGAAUCCCCUGCAUCUCACGGCAACAACAACAACACAGUGACAAGUUUUCCACCGCCACAAAUAUUCUCUUCCGCAACUUCAAUCAAUAACAAUAACCCUCCAACUCCUUGGUCUACCUUCACUCAUCACUUCCCAUCAUCAACCACACCCUCUUUCCCUAAUAAACUCUAUACUUUUAUGACCCCUGUUCUUCCAGAACAAGAUCAUCACCAAACCCCAGAAGAACCCAAGUUGCUGAAUUCAGAGAAAAGCAGCUCGAUGGCGGCGAUGAGGGAGAUGAUAUUCAGGAUGGCGGCGAUGCAACCGGUUGUAAUAGACUCAGAGUCAGUGAAGCCGCCGAAGCGGAGGAACGUGAAGAUCUCAAAGGACCCUCAGAGCGUGGCGGCGAGGCUCCGGCGAGGGAGGAUCAGCGAGAGGAUCAGGAUACUGCAGAGGAUGGUCCCUGGUGGAACCAAGAUGGACACUGCUUCUAUGCUUGAUGAAGCAAUUCACUACCUCAAGUUUCUCAAGAAGCAGGUUCAGUCGCUGCAGAGACUAACCGCCGCUAAUAGCUGCAGAGACUAACCGCCGCUAAUAGCUGCAGCAGGGUUGGAUUCCCUGCUUCUUAUCUUCCGACAACAAAAGGUUAUCAAACUCAGAGUGUGAACUGUUUUAGAGAUGCAUGCUGAGCAUACAUUACAUGUCACAUGAUUAUGGUUUGAGAGGAGUUUUUAUUAACACUCAUUUUCUCUCUUAUCCUAUUUAUGUUCUUUUUUUUUUCUAACAUUGUCUUAUCUUCAAUUUUACAAUUUUCUACUUUUAUGUUACUUAAUCAGCGGCUAGACAUAGAUAUAUUGGAAUGUAGACACACAAUGAAUGAUCUAAAUAACUCAUGAGCAAAUUUGAGUUAAAUCACUCAUGUAUAGAUGUACGUACUAAUCAUAUUUAAGUCUUUGCUUGUCAUUCUUCGGACAA